AUGUGCGAUAAGAUAAAAGUAAAAGAUCUCGAUCCUGCCACUCACAAGCUAAUAAACGACGGUUUUAAAGGCCUUAUUUGCGCACGUUUCGGCGACGGGGGCUAUCUAUUGCCAGCGAGCUACGCGGAUGACGCCGACAAGUUCAGGAACAUGGCCGCUCGGCCUGACGACGUGUGGGUGACCACGUUUCCUCGAUCAGGUACAACAUGGACCCAGGAAUUAGUGUGGCUACUCAUGAAUGACCUUGAUUUCGUCACGGCCUUAAAGAUUCCUUUGAAUAGCAGAUAUAUUGCACUUGAACGAUCCAACGUGAAAUACCAGAAGGAACUAAACCUGGACUUAUUGGAUCCGAUACUGCGCCAAAAAUGUUCCAUACAAAUGCUUUCUUAUGACGCGAUAAACAACGCGCAUUCUCCUCGGUUCUUCAAGACUCAUCUAGCCUUUUCGCUUCUGCCCCUGAACCUGCUGGAUUCUGCCAAGGUCCUGUACGUGGCCCGGGAUCCGAGGGACGUCGCUGUGUCCUUGUAUCAUCAUCAAAAAUUGACUUGGUUUUAUGCUGGAGAUUUUAAUAGCUUUUGGAAUCUUUUCAUCAACGAUUUGGUUGUUAGAUCUCCAUAUUUAACACAUCUAAAAGAGGCGUGGGCGCUACGUCAACAUCCAAAUAUGUUGUUCAUUUUCUACGAAGAUAUGAAUAAGGAUCUGCUUUCAUCUAUUAAACGAGUAUCGGAUUUUCUUGGCAAGGAAGUAAACGAUGAACAAAUAGCAAAACUUUGCGAGCACUUGGACAUAGAAAACUUCAGGAAAAACGAGUCUGUACACCCGACGUGGAGGGAUAAGAUUUUCAACCCCGAUGCCGAGCGCUUCGUAAGAAAAGGAAAAUCAGGCGGCUGGCGCGAGUACUUCGACGAGGAGAUGGCGGCGCAGGCGCAGCGCUGGCUGCGCGAGGGGCUCGCCGGCUCCGGCCUGCGGUUCCCGCACGACAGCUCUUUGACGUUUUGAUUAAAAUUGAAA